AUGCUCGUAAAUAUUACUGACAGCCACAACGGCGUGCCUUACUGCUGGCUCGUGGAAGAGAACUCGGGCGACAACGCGGGUUCAAAGCGAGCCCUCCAACGAGCCGGAGAUGACGGGGCCCACAAUCUCGCGAAAGUAUUCCAGACUACGCAGCUCGCCAGCGUCGGCUUCUGGGAUUAA